UUUAAGUGUUUAACUUUAGCCCAUUCCCAUGUUGCUCCAGCUCUGCUGAUAAAUUAGCAAUAAAACUUCAGGAGAGACACACUGCAAAUUACUUCCUGUUUCUAAUUAAAACACUCUUUUAGUUGCCUUGAGUCCUGAAGACAUGGCAGAAUUUCUGUUCACUUUUGCUGCUGAGGGAAUACUGACCAAGGUGACUUCACUCGCUGCUCAAGAAUUCAAUCUCGCAUUGGGUUUCAAAGAAGAUCUGGCACAGCUGCGUGACUCAUUCCUCAAGAUUCAAGCUAUGCUAAGAGAUGUCGACCAUUCACAAGUUCGAGGGGAGGCUGUGGAAAUGUGGGUGAAGGAUCUUGAAGACAUAGCUAACGAAGCCGAUGAUGUCUUGGAUGAAAUUGGGUAUGAAGCUCUCCGACGCAAAGUAGAACUCCGAGACCAGAUGAAGAAAAAGGUGAAAAAUUUCUUGUCCCACUCCAAUCCCAUUGCCUUCCGCUUACAAAUGGCACAUAAAAUCAAGAAAAUCAACACAUCUUUGGUGAAAUUAUUCAAUCAGGCAGCUGGCCCUGUUGGGUUAGUUGCUAGGACAUUAGCAGAUGCAACCUCUCAAGAUAUUGAAGUACUUGAUAGGGAGACCGUCUCCAGCUUUGAUAGCGAUGAGAAGCUCAUAAUUGGAAGAGAGGAGGUCGUGUCAGAUAUAGUCAAAACCUUACUCAAGUCACACUAUAAUGAAGAAAAUUAUCUUCCAGUUUUGGCUAUUGUGGGAAUGCCAGGUCUAGGCAAGACAACUUUGGCUAAAUCAAUCUAUCAUGAAUCUAAGAUUGAUAGCCACUUCCAUGAAAAAAUAUGGGUGUGUGUAUCCACCCCUUUUGAUGUCAAGACGAUCUUAAGGGGGAUCUUGGAAGCUCUGAAACCAGAGAAAGCAGCAGUACAAAGCAAGGACGCGAUUUGUAAAUUCAUUCGAGAAGAGGUAAAAGGGAAAAGAUACCUUCUCAUACUGGAUGAUGUUUGGAACGAAGAUUCUGAAAAAUGGAAGGAGUUGAGGAGUUGUUUGUUAACAAUUAAAGAUACUCAAGGAAGCAGCAUCAUUGUCACUACCCGUAGUGACCGAGUUGCAAAAGUCAUGGAAACUCUUCCCAGAUGUGAUUUAAGAAAACUAUCAGAUGAUGAAUGCUGGCUCAUAAUGAAGGAUAAAGCCAUUCCAGUUGGGAGUCCUCCUAUGUCUAAAGAGCAGGAGACAAUUGGUAGAGAGAUCGCUAAAAGAUGUGGAGGUGUACCUCUAGUGUCAAAGGUUUUGGGAGAUGUGAUGCGCUCUAAAACAAGUGAUGAAUGGCGAUUAAUUUUAAAAAGUAAAACAUGGGAUUCACCAGAAGGAGAAAAGAGAAUUUUUUCAAUUUUGAAGUUGAGUUUUGAUGAACUGAAACCUCCAUCCUUGAAACAAUGUUUUGCAUAUUGCUCGAUGUUCUUCAAAGAUUUUGAUAUUGAAAAGGAUGACUUGAUCCAACUUUGGAUGGCUCAGGGAUGGCUUCACCCUUGUUCUGACAAAAGCCUAGAGAUGGAGGAGAGAGAGCAUGUAUCAAAAUCAAGGAACUUACGCUCACUUUUUUCAAAUGGAGAAGUCCUUGGGAGCAACUUACUUACCUUCAAAUCUUUACGUGUGUUAAAUUUAUACAAAGCAGAUAUUGUGGAGUUGCCAAUUUCAAUUGGGAAGUUGAAACACUUGAGGUAUUUGAAUGUUUUGAAAACAAGAAUCAAAACAUUUCCCAAAUCAAUUGGUCAGCUUUAUAACUUGCAAACAUUGAAAAUACCUUAUCAGCUUGAAGAAUUUCCAGGGGAAGUUGCAAAUUUGAUCAACUUGCGGCACAUUUAUUUUGGUAGAUAUAUGAAAGUUCCAGGUGGGAUAUUGAGACGGUUGACUAAUCUCCGGUCAUUACCUUUUCUCAAGGUGGGUAACAAGACAGGUCCUGGAAUUGAGGAAUUGGGUUGUUUAAACCAGUUGCACGACACCUUGUCUAUAUAUGGAUUGGAAAAUGUAGGAGAUGGAGAAGAAGCCUCGAAAGCAAACUUGGUCGAGAAGAAACAUAUAUGCAAGUUAAUCCUUGAUUGGAAGCUUAGUAGGCCAAGCCACAAUGUGGAGAAUGACGAUGAUGUACUAGAAGGCCUCCGACCACAUUCUAGUUUGGAAUUUUUGGAGAUUCAGGGAUUCUUGGGUGUUAAAUUUCCAUCAUGGUUAUUCCUAGCCAACCAUUUGAAAAAGAUUGAAUUAUCGGGCUGCAACAAAUGUGAAGGAGUCCCAGUACUCGGGCAUUUACCCAAUCUUAGUUGUGUUAAGAUUAUGAGAAUGGAGAACCUAACUCGUAUAGGAUCUGAGUUUUAUGGUGAUGACCAUGUUAACAGUGGAAAUGGAUCGAGUAAGGAGGCGCGGCCUUUGUUCCCUGCUUUGAAAACAUUGCAUAUUGAGUGGGCCCAGAACCUGAUCGACUGGAUGGAAGCGCCAACAGAAGGAGCAACUACAGUGUUUCCAUUGCUCGAGGAGCUGACCUUGAUUGGCUGUGACAAAUUGACAAGUGCUCCCAGUCAUUUUCCAUCUCUCAAGAAGUUGGUGAUAGAAUGGCUGGAUAGCGGAGGCAUGCCAAUAGCAAGUAUUCUAAGCAAUAAACUCACCACUCUCACUCAUCUCAGGUUAUUGGAAGUGGGGGGACUUACUUGUCUGCCGGAAGGGAUGUUAGAAAACAACAAGAAUCUUGCACAUUUAGAAAUAACUCAGUGUUCAGAGUUGACUUGUAUUUCUCCCCAAUCACAAGGAUUAGAGUACUGCUGCGCAUCUCUUUCAUAUUUGCGGUUAUAUAUUUGUGAGAAUCUCAGAUAUUUACCAGAUGGGCUACUCACUCCUUCUCUUAAAGUGAUGACGUUGUAUUCUUGCCGCAAUCUAGAGUACAUCCCAGAUGCUACAUACGGUGGUCUCACAUCCCUUGAAACAUUGUCAUUGUCAAUGUGCUAUAAAAUAACUUCCAUUCCAUUUUCACAAGGCCUGCCAUCUCUUGGUCAAUUACAUAUAGACCAGUGUCCGGAAUUAUCAAGCCUACCGGGUGGACUAGAAUACUGUACCUCCAUUCGGAGUUUGAGAAUAUCAAUGUGCCCUAAGGUACCGUCCAUUUCAAUCGAAAGUCUGAGUACAUCCCUCGAAGAUUUGAGGGUAAGUAAUGUAGACUCUCUUCCAAUUUUACGAGGAGGCUUCACAUCACUCCGUGAAUUAACAAUCAUAUAUUGCGAAAGCCCACAAAUUGGGCCAGAAUUUAGUGCCUUUCUUCAAACCCUUGUGUCUCUUGAAAAAUUGAAGAUAUGCUGUUGCCAAAAUCUUGAGACUGUUCCAAGUUCAGACAAGCUCACAUCACUCCGUAGCUUGGCGAUUGCUCGUUGUGAUAAAUUAACAUGUCUACCGGAAUGGUUAGCAACAUCGUCACAGUCCUGCAGCCUCACCCGUUUGAAGGAAUUGACAAUUGGUUAUUUCUGGGAGGAGCUCGAUGAAUUCCCAGCUUUUCAGGCUAUACCACAGCUUGAAUCAUUAAAUAUCGAGGGGUGGCCUAAGCUCAAGUCUCUCCCUGAACAAAUUCAACACUUGCCUUCUUUAAGGCAUUUGGAAAUACACUCCUUUCACGGAGUGGAGGCUAUUCCAGACUGGUUGGGAAACCUUACAUCUCUUGAGGACCUGACUAUUGAGUGGUGCGAGAGUCUAAAGUAUCUACCUUCUGUGGAAGCUAUGCAAUGCCUCACCAAAUUGAAAGAGAUAGACAUCUCCCGCUGUCCCCUUCUAGAAGAAAGAUGCACGGAGGAGAACGGCCCAGAGUGGCCAAAGAUUCGUCAUCUUCCAUUCAUCUGCUGCUUUCUCAAACACCAGAUGAGGAGUAGUUGAGUUGGCUAACUGGUAGGCCUUUCACACCAUCUCCCAAGGUUCCCUUUCAUCAAAAGAACCUUUCAGUUUGUUCCUCUGAAUUGUUCUCCAAACCAGUGGUGCAACAUUAUUUGGCCAACUUUGUUUUUCUUGGAGAAAUCAUUGUUACUGUAGAGGCUGUUGCAAGGGAAAUCUCUUAACAGAUCGCAGCGUACAGCCCUUUGCAGCAAGAUUGGGCAUAAGGUUUUCGUCAUUUUUGUCUCUGCAAUUGUAGCCAUCAAAUCAGACAUCUUUUCCUAGCAAUAGUGUGUGAUGUUUGAUGGAUGACAGAAACAAGCAGGCAAAAGCAUUCUCAGAUGCUCUGUUGUACUUGAGCUUUUACAGCUGUCUAAGGCGGCGUGUCCCUGGGGAGAGUUACUUCUAUGCAUUUACGUUAUUAAGAACUUACGAAGCCCUUUACUUCAUCAAGUUCCGCAACAAGGCAAGGUUUCCUGUCAGCAAAAGAAGGUUUCAGUUUGUGCCUCCGAAUUGUCCUCCGAAGUGGUGGUGUAAGAUUAUUGGGGCUAACUCUGUUUUCCUAAACCCUUUUAAAAUCAUUACUAGCUGGAAGUUGCUGAAUUGAAAACUCUUAAUGGCUUUCACAAUACAGCAAGCCAAGAUUUUCUCCUUUUAUUGUCAAUAUUGGGGAUUUGGUUUCUCCAAAGAAACUGUUAGCCAUCUGAUCUCAUAUGAAGAUGAAGAUAUUUGGAUGAUAAUCGAAGAUGAAGCCAGUGUUCAAUUGAACUUUCAAAUUUUAGUGUCAGAUGGUGUUGGUCUCUUCAGUGCCAGCCAAGCUGAGAUGUUCCACUAGAGUUGGGCGUACGUACGGAUGCCAUUGUUAUGAGUUGCUUGGCUAAAGUUUGGAAACAGGCUCAGUGUGCUCGCGGAUACUUCUGCCCAAGCAGGACAACCGAUCAAGAGUGGACACGUGGGCAACAUGCUCCAUGCCAGCUCGGAGAACUUAUCAAGUAGCCUCUUUUUUUUUGGUCUGAUAUCAAGGAGCCUCACAUUCACACAUGGUGAGACGUCUGUCCGUGCCUCGGGCAACUCACACAUUAAAGGAUCUUCAAUUCCAUGCCUUAUCGGACAAUGUUUCAUCACUCUCCAUUCAGUUGCAUUCUGUAUACAGCUAAAUCAUCAUAUAGUGUAAUACUGUAAUUAACCAUAUUUAAUCAAUCAUAGUGAUGAAACCACUAGCAAACAACCGUGAUGUAGCCCUAAACUCUGGCU